AUGAGGAUAAAUAAGUGGGUGAGCCCAGUGCCAGACACCUACAACAGUAGCACCCACGACUGCUACACCAACAACUGCAGUACCUACAACUGCAGCACCUACAACUGCCACACCAACAACCGCUGCCCCAACAACUGCAGCACCUACAACAGUAGCACCCACGACUGCUUCACCAACAACUGCAGCCCCUACAACUGCUGCCCCAACAACUGCAGUACCUACAACAGUAGCACCGACGACUACAGUGCCUACUACAUCAGCGGCUACUACAUCAGCACCUACAACAGCUACACCAACAACCACUGCCCCAACAACUGCAGCACCUACAACUGCAGCACCUACAACAGUAGCACCAACGACUGCUGCUACUUCGACUGCUACACGUACAACUGCAGCACCUACAACAGUAGCACCCACGACUGCUUCAUCAACAACUGCAGCCCCUACAACUGCUGCCCCAACAACUGCAGUACCUACAACAGUAGCACCGACGACAACUGCUGCACCAACAACCACUGCCCGAACUACUGCAGCACCUACAACAGUAGCACCUACGACCGCUGCACCAACAACUGCUGCCCCAACAACUGCAGCACCUACAACAGUAGCACCUACAACUGCAAAACCAACAACCGCUGCCCCAACAACUGCAGUACCUACAACAGUAGCACCGACGACGACUGCUGCACCAACAACCACUGCCCCAACAACUGCAGCACCUACAACUGUAGCACCUACGACUGCUGCACCAUCAACCGCUGCCCCAACUACUGCUGCCCCAACAACUGCAGCACCUUCAACAGCAGCACCUACAACAGCAGCACCUACAACAGCAACACCUACAACUUCAGCACCUACAACAGCAGCACCUACAACUGCAGCCCCUACGACUGCAGCACCAACAACCGCUUCCCCAACAACAGCAGCACCUACAACUGCUGCCCGAACAACUGCAGGACCUACAACAGCAGCACCAGCGACAACUGCUGCACCAACAACCGCUGCCCCAACUACAGCAGCACCUACAACAGUAGCACCCACGACUGCUGCACCAACAACUGCUGCCCCAACAACUGCUACACCUACAACAGUAGCACAUACAACAUCAGCACCUACAACAGCAGCACCUACGACUACAGCCACCCACGACUGCUGCACCUACAACUGCUGCCCCAACAACUGCUGCACCUACAACAUCAGCAUCUACAACAGCAGCACCUACGACUACAGCGACUACUACAUCGCACCUACAACAGCAGCACCUACAACUGCUGCCCCAACAACCGCUGCCCCAACCACUGCAGCACUUACAACAGUAGCACCAACGACUGCUUCACCAACAACUGCAGCCCCUACAACUGCUGCCCCAACAACUGCAGCACCUACAACAUCAGCACCUACAACAGCAAAACCUACGACUACAGCGCCUACUACAUCGGCACCUACAACUGCUUCACCAACGACUGCUGCCCCAACAACUGCAGCACCUACAACUGCAACACCAACAACCGCUGCCCCAACAACUGCAGCACCUACAACAGUAGCACCCACGACUGCUUCACCAACAACUGCAGCCCCUACAACUGCUGCCCCAACAACUGCAGUACCUACAACAGUAGCACCGACGACGACUGCUGCACCAACAACCACUGCCCGAACUACUGCAGCACCUACAACAGUAGCACCUACGACUGCUGCACCAACAACUGCUACCCCAACAACUGCAGCACCUACAACAGUAGCACCUACAACUGCAGCACCAACAACCGCUGCCCCAACUACUGCAGCACCUACAACAGUAGCACCCACGACUGCUGCACCAACAACUGCUGCCCCAACUACUGCAGCACCUACAACAGUAGCACCCACGACUGCUGCACCAACAACCGCUGCCCCAACUACUGCAGCACCUACAACAGUAGCAACCACGACUGCUGCACCAACAACCGCUGCCCCAACAACUGCAGCAUCUACAACAGCAGCACCUACAACUGCAACACCAACAACCGCUGCCCCAACAACUGCAGCACCUACAACAGUAGCACCCACGACUGCUUCACCAACAACUGCAGCCCCUACAACUGCUGCCCCAACAACUGCAGUACCUACAACAGUAGCACCCACGACUGCUUCACCAACAACAGCUGCCCCAACAACUGCAGUACCUACAACAGCAGCACCUACGACUGCUGCACCAACAACCGCUGCCCCAACUACUGCAGCACCUACAACAGUAGCAACCACGACUGCAGCACCAACAACCGCUGCCCCAACAACUGCAGCACCUACAACAGCAGCACCUACAACUGCAACACCAACAACCGCUGCCCCAACAACUGCAGCACCUACAACAGUAUCACCCACGACUGCUUCACCAACAACUGCAGCCCCUACAACUGCUGCCCCAACAACUGCAGUACCUACAACAGUAGCACCCACGACUGCUUCACCAACAACAGCUGCCCCAACAACUGCAGUACCUACAACAGCAGCACCUACGACUGCUGCACCCACAACCGCUGCCCCAACUACUGCAGCACCUACAACAGUAGCACCCACGACUGCUGCACCAACAACCGCUGCCCCAACAACUGCAGCACCUACAACAGCAGCACCUACAACUGCAACACCAACAACCGCUGCCCCAACUACUGCUGCCCCAACAACUGCAGCACCUACAACAGUAGCACCGACGACGACUGCUGCACCAACAACCACUGCCUCAACAACUGCAGCACCUACAACUGUAGCACCUACGACUGCUGCACCAUCAACCGCUGCCCCAACUACUGCUGCCCCAACAACUGCAGCACCUUCAACAGCAGCACCUACAACAGCAGCACCUACAACAGCAACACCUACAACUUCAGCACCUACAACAGCAGCACCUACAACUGCAGCCCCUACGACUGCAGCACCAACAACCGCUUCCCCAACAACAGCAGCACCUACAACUGCUGCCCGAACAACUGCAGGACCUACAACAGCAGCACCAGCGACAACUGCUGCACCAACAACCGCUGCCCCAACUACAGCAGCACCUACAACAGUAGCACCCACGACUGCUGCACCAACAACUGCUGCCCCAACAACUGCUACACCUACAACAGUAGCACAUACAACAUCAGCACCUACAACAGCAGCACCUACGACUACAGCGCCUACUACAGCAGCACUGACAACUACUGCACCAACAACCGCUGA